UUGCUAAUCCAAUAACCAUUUGGAUUGUAAUUCAACUUUAGAAUUACCAAUUCAUUUCAUUGUGUUAUCUAAGAUGACAGACUUAACCAAGAAGAAAUUAGCCGGAAAAGUAGCCAUAGUCACCGGCGGAGCAAGCGGUAUCGGCGAAGCCACAGCGCGUUUGUUCGCCGAGCACGGCGCCCGUAUGAUCAUCAUCGCCGAUAUCCAAGACCAACUCGGCCAACAAGUAGCUACUUCAAUCGGUUCCCAGAAUUGUACUUACAUUCGCUGCGACGUUACCGAUGAAAACCAAGUGAAAGCAUUGGUCGAAUCAAGUAUUCAAAAGUAUGGUCAACUUGAUAUAAUGUUUAGCAAUGCUGGGAUUAUAAGUAAGUCCGAUCAGAGCAUUCUUGAUCUUGAUUUCCAACAGUUUGAUCGGUUGAUGGCGGUCAACCUCCGUGGCAUGUCUGCAUGCGUUAAGCACGCGGCGCGUGCGAUGGUGGAGAACAAAGUGAGAGGAAGUAUUGUAUGCACGGCGAGUGUCGCGGCUAGCCGUGGAACGAAACGGCGGACGGACUAUUGCAUGUCGAAGCAUGGGGUGUUGGGAUUAGUUCGAUUGGCAAGUGAACAGCUAGGGAUGUAUGGUAUAAGGGUAAACUGUGUGUCGCCUAAUGGGAUGGCGACGCCGAUGACAUGCGAGGUGCAUGAGAAGAGUGUGGAGGAGGUUGAGAAAAUCUACGAGGCUGGAAGGGCUCUGCAAGGAGCGGUGUUGAGAGCCGAACAUGUGGCGGAUGCAGUGCUGUUUCUUGCAAGUGAUGAGUCGGAGUUGAUUACUGGCCAUGACCUCGCCGUCGACGGUGGCUUCCAAGCUUAGUAACUUUUGCUUUUGCUUUCAGUAAUUCUUUUUCUUAAUUCUAUGGUUUUUACAGAAUAUUUUGACUUGAUUGUAUUACUUUGUAAUUGAUAUGCUUUCGUUUUUUUAGAACUUAAUUAUUUUCUUUUA